CAUCGCAUCAUUGUCUUGUCUAUUAAACCUCCAUUUUGUAAUGUUUUAGCGCUGUGUCGUGAAUAAAACGCUCGUUUUACGGCGCACGUACACCUGAACAACAAACCAGCACAGUGAGCAACAUGUCUGCUGAGGACAGUGAUGAUGACCUGGUGUACCACGGAACCCCCCUGCCGCCUCUACAGGAAGAUGCUCCAGUGAAGAAGCCUGUGAGUAGAGAGGACCAGGUGGUUACUGACAGGCAGGGAAGGCGCAGGUUCCAUGGAGCCUUCACAGGAGGCUUCUCCGCUGGCUACUACAACACUGUGGACACACCAGAAGGAUGGACCCCUGCCACGUUUGUGUCCUCCCGGAGCAGCAAGGCUGGCCAGCUGCAGCAGAGACCAGAGGACUUCAUGGAUGAUGAGGACAUGGGGGAAUUUGGGAUUGCGCCCAAAACGGUCACGACAACACGGGAGUUUCUGUCCGAGGAAAAGGAGGAUGUGAGAAGGAAAAGAGCGGCGGCAGCAGCUGACCAGCACAGCGUGUUACCAGCACUGCUACAGGACCUCAUCAUACCUGCCAGAGAGUCCAUCGGAGUGCGGCUGCUGAGGAGGAUGGGAUGGCGGGAUGGUGCGGGGAUCGGGGCAAAGGUCAGGAGGAAGAUCAAGAUGAAAAGACAGACUGAAGCAGCCUCCUCCCAGAGAACGUACGGCUGUGCCCCUCCCCCUGGUCACCAACACUCCGAGGUGAGAAGCUAUAUCAUUACUCUGUCCUUGGUGCUGAACCCUCCCAAUGUACUGCAUGUGUCGGUCUUUGGUACUAAACCCUCCCCACAUAGCCACAUGUCUCUGUCCUUGGUACUAAACCCUCCCCACAUAGCCACAUGUCUCUGUCCUUGGUACUAAACCCUCCCCACAUAGCCACAUGUCUCUGUCCUUGGUACUUAACCCUCCCCACAUAACCACAUGUCUCUGUCUUUGGUACUAAACCCUCC